AUGGGUGUCAAUGAGAUCAAAGAGGACAACAUCUCCAAGGAACCAGACUUGGGGAAGGUCGACAAGUCAAUGAUCAGCCAGCCCACAUUGGUCCGAUGGUAUAUCGACGUCCGAAGUUGGGAUGCAAAAUCUACCAAUCUGCCUCUGAUCGAAACCCUGACUCAGUCUGACCAAGAAGCUGUCAAGAAGUACUAUCAAACUUCGGACAAGCACAUGUCACUGGCCUCUCAACUGCUAAAAUAUUACUAUAUCCACCAAGCCACUGGCGCUCCUUGGAAUGAGAUCAAAAUCCAGCGUACUCCCAUGCCUAAGAACCGUCCGUUCUAUGACGCGAGUCUGGAGUUCAAUGUCAGUCACCAGGCUGGUAUCACGGUGUUCACAGGCACGCGUGUCGCAAGGGCCAACCCACCCACCGCUAAACCCGCAUUGCCUCGUGUGGGAAUCGACGUCGCCUGUGUUGACGAGCCCGCCCGUCGUCGUGCCAAUCGUCCCCCGAAGUCACUCGCCAAUCUAGCAACUUUCGUUGAUGUCUUCACUGAUGUUCUCUCCCCCAGUGAGCUGGCAACCAUCAAGAAUCCUGCAGCUACUCUUGACUUGGCUCGUAAGCGCGGUAUCAAUAAAAGCGACCCGAAACAAGAUACCGAGGAAUCCCUUGCUACCUACGGUGUCCGUUUGUUCUAUUCGACCUGGGCUCUGAAAGAAGCCUACCUGAAAAUGACCGGCGAUGGCCUUCUAGCCUCUUGGAUAAAGGAUCUAGAAUUUACUAACGUCAUCCCCCCGGAGCCUGUCUCCAGGCUCACUGGUGACUCAUCUGAGUCUGUGCCAUCAGUCCAGAACUGGGGGCCACCCUACAGCGAUAUCACCAUCACCUUAGAUGGCAUCCCCGAUCACUCCGUGCGCGUCCAACUCGUUGCCUUCGAGCACUACUAUAUUGUGGCCACUGCCGCCUCCGGCCCUAAUAUCGGUACGGUUUCCCGGCAGAUAGUGAAUGACAGUGAUCAUCACCUUCCUGGGUACAUUACCGCUCUCCACCCUCAAAAUGGAACCCAGAAAGUCCGCAUUACUCCUGAUGCGCUCCGCGAUAUCGGUGACCGGGACCCUUGGCGCGUGGACGCCGGAAUCAGCGAUCCUUGGUUGCCCAUGCAGGAAGUUGAUGUUGAUAUUGAUAUCCGGCCUUGUGCUGAAGGUCGCUGUCUGCACUCUCGUGAUCAUGUCCCAGUCUCCGGGUAUGUUCGUCCCUAUGGAUAUCAUACGCACGUCACACACGACCCGGAUCAAAUGGCUAAUCCUCGCCAGUCAAUAUAA